ACAGUUUUAUUAGGAUACAAAUGAACAGUCAAAUAGACUGAUACUCAGGAUGGCAGAGUCUGGAGGAGUCCUGAGCCCAGAGCUUCCAUGCCCUCUCCAGGCAUGCCACUUACCCAGCAUAUCAGUAUGUUCAUUAACUGGCCUGAUCUGAUGAAGGUCAAGAGGUGCCUACUGAUGUGAGGUGGGGAGCCCUGAAGGCUUGGCCACGGCUGUGGAUGUCACCGCUGCCUUUCUGGGACAAGAUUCCCUCUUCCUUUUGUCAGCAAACAAUUGACUCUCCCUCAGACCUGCUGUCUGCGUCCUGCAGAAACCUUGUACAUACACUAUGGGAAGUGGUACCUCAACCCAACAUCAUUUUGCUUUCCAGAAUGCAGAGAAAGCCUUCAAGGCGGCAGCCCUGAUCCAGAGAUGGUACCGACGCUACAUGGCGCGCCUGGAGAUGAGGCGGCACUGCACCUGGCGCAUCUUCCAGUCUAUAGAGUACGCGGGACAGCAAGACCAGGUCAAGCUCCAUGAUUUCUUCAGCUACCUUGUGGAUCACUUCACCCCCAGCAGCAACCAUGAGAGGGACUUCCUGGACCGCAUGUUCACUGAGGACAGAUUCCCCCAGGACUCUGAGAUGGAGAAAUUCGGUGACUAUGAAUCUAUAGAAGUCCCUGACAAUUACACGGGACCACGCCUCUCCUUCCCACUCCUUCCUGACCACGCAACUGCCCUGGUGGAAGCUUUCAGACUGAAACAGCAGCUCCAUGCUCGCUAUGUCUUGAAUCUUUUGCAUGAAACCAGGAAACACCUGAUACAACUGCCAAACAUCAACCGGGUCUCCACCUGUUACAGCGAGGAGAUCACAGUGUGCGGAGAUUUACAUGGCCAGUUGGAUGACUUAAUAUUUAUAUUUCAUAAGAAUGGCCUCCCGUCACCAGAGAGGGCCUACGUCUUCAAUGGUGACUUCGUUGAUCGAGGCAAGGAUUCAGUAGAGAUCCUGAUGGUUCUUUUUGCCUUCAUGUUGGUUUACCCAAAAGAGUUCCAUCUUAAUCGAGGAAACCAUGAGGACCAUUUGGUGAACUUACGAUACGGCUUUACCAAGGAAGUGAUGCAUAAAUAUAAGACACAUGGCAAGAAAAUACUAAAAAUACUGAAAGAUGUUUUCUGUUGGCUUCCUCUGGCCACUCUGGUUGAUGAGAAGGUCCUGAUUCUUCAUGGCGGAGUGUCAGACAUGACCGACCUGGACCUCUUGGCUAAACUAGACAGGCACAAGAUUGUUUCCACCAUGAGGCACAAAACGAGAAAGGAGAACGGGAAACAGGUGAAGAAGGAGGAAGCCAACCAGAAGAGCUCCGCAGGGAGACCCACCCCGUGGUUUCUCCCCCAGAGCCGCUCUCUCCCCGCUUCGCCCCUUCGCCUGGGCUCCCUCCAGGCGCACAGAGCCGGCCGCUCGUCCAGCAUUCCCUGCGGCGCCCCCCGGGACGCGAAGGAGCUAGCCCGGCAGGUGCGGCGCUCCGUGGACCUGGAGCUGGACAGGUGCCGGCAGCAAGCAGGCUUUCCUGUGAGCUGGGGGGAGGAGGAGGCCUCGCCGUGCACGCCAGAAGCGGAUUCAGGAGCACAGGAGCCGCUGGAGCCCACGCAGGAGGAGUGGAGGCAGGUGGUAGAUAUACUGUGGAGUGAUCCCAUGGCUCAGGAGGGCUGUAAGGCCAACACUGUUCGAGGAGGAGGCUGUUAUUUUGGACCCAAUGUGACAGAACGGUUGCUACAGAAAUACAACCUGCAAUUCCUGAUCCGCUCACACGAGUGCAAACCUGAAGGCUAUGAGUUCUGCCACAGCCGCAAGGUGUUAACCAUCUUUUCUGCCUCCAACUACUAUGAAGUUGGCAGUAACAGAGGGGCCUAUGUCAAACUGGGGCCAGCCCUGACCCCGUACAUCGUGCAGUAUCAAGCUAACAAGGUGACCCACAUGCUGACCAUGAGGCAAAGGAUUAGCAGAGUAGAGGAGUCAGCUCUGAGAGCUCUGCGCGAAAAGUUAUUUGCUCAUUCCUCAGAUCUUCUUGGUGAAUUUAAGAAGCAUGAUGCAGAUAAAACUGGUUUAAUCACCCUUAGUGACUGGGCAGAAGCCGUGGAGUCUGUGUUGCAUCUAGGACUGCCAUGGCGGAUGCUGAGGCCACAGCUGGUGAACAGCUCAACGGAUAACACAUUGGAGUACAAGUCCUGGCUGGAGGAUUUGGCCAAAGAACAACUGAACCGUGAGAACAUACAGUCAAGUUUGCUGGAAACACUGUAUCGAAACCGAUCCAACCUGGAGACCAUUUUUAGGAUCAUAGACAGUGAUCAUUCAGGGUUCAUCUCACUGGAUGAAUUCAGGCAUACUUGGAAGCUGUUCAGCUCUCAUAUGAACAUCAACAUCACAGAUGACUGCAUCUGUGACCUUGCACGGAGCAUUGACUUCAACAAGGAUGGCCACAUCGACAUCAAUGAAUUCCUGGAGGCCUUCCGCCUUGUGGAGCAAUCCUGCUCAGAAGGCAAUGCCUCAGAUUGCCCACAAACCACAAACACUAAUGACAAUGGCUGCAGCAAACCAGGCACACACUAAGAGCAGCCUGGUGUUCAUCGCCCACGGUGCCUCAUAACCAAUACUGCACUUGUCGCUGGAAUAGCUCCUUUAUUCUCCAUAGAUAUGUGGAAUUUUAUGCUGAGAAUUUGCCUACCCGUGUGCAUCAGAAUCACCUAUUUGGGUGUGUGUGGGGUGUGUGUGUGUUUAAAUAUAUAGGUAACCCAUCCUCGUCUCAGAAGUUUCACAAGGUAAGACCCAAGUAUAAAUAUUUUUAAAUUCUGAAGUCUACCCCAGUUAAGAACCACUGAUAAUUCAACCCCCUCAUUGUU